AUAACCUGUGAAAUAGGCAAUGCGUCGUUUACGAGUUUCAAUACAAAAGAGAAGUUAGAGGCACACUAAAUCAAACAAUCUACUCUAUCGCUAAAGGGAUUCAUCUACUUUGGUUCGUYGAAACAACCCUAUAGUGAAAAUGCUCCUUAUUUUGGUGUUGUGCCUAUGUAUUGCAACGUUUUUAUCCAAGCCUACUGACGRAAUAUCUACUGCUAUCAGACGAUCGUCGUCACUCUUAUCGUACCUACAUGGUCAUUAUAAAAGCGCAAGAUUUAUUGAUCCGCUCCGCAAAAUAGUUUUCAUUCGCUAUAGCGAACAAGAUACAAGCAAUUUGCCGACUAACAUCAAUACCAGCAGCGCGGCAAUAAUCAAAUUCAACAUCACGAGGCCUUCAUUCCCGGUCAAAGAUAUCAAAGCUGCAGAGUUUAUAAUACAUAAAAAUAAACUGUCCCAGUCAAAGUACGCCAACUACAGCUUGAAUUUCUUCCAAAUCCUUCCUACUGGGCCAAAUCCUUACUUACCGAUCACUGGGGCACGUCGGGACAGAAAUGACUUAAUGUACCACUCCAUCAUGAUAACACAAACUUUUAAAACCUGGUUUAGAAACGGGUCAACCAAUCAUGGUCUACUUGUAAAUGCAGCAGUUAGCGGGUCAGGGAAACGAGUAAGUCCCUACCAGAUAGGCUUUUAUGGUUUUGACGGACCCAAAGGCAAGCGUCCAAUUUUACUAGUGCAGUUUAAAAAGGCAAGAUAACAAAAUGGUAUGUAAUGAAGAUGACGAUGACGAAGAUUCUAAUAUCUAUGCUAUGCGUUAAAGAAAGACGAAGCGUAUUCCUCCUUCCUCCGAUACGGAGAGAGACGUGCUCAGAAAUGGAAAAUACUUCGGUAAUCCAUGUAGCAAUAACCUUUGCCAAGCAACUAAGCCAACAUUAAAGAUGUUUAAAAUGAC